UUAAAAAUUCCUAUCGAUCCAACGAUAGCUGCGCGUUUAUUUCAGCUGUUCAACAACCAAAACAAAAAUAAUACCUACAAGCACAUUAGGAUUAGCAUCAACUGUGGCAACGGUCAAAAUCAACGCGCAGCGCAAAUAGUUAACGUUCAGAAAUAAAGGAGAGCAAGUAAAUAAGGAGCACGCUAGACAAAUUGGCAACACAUGCAAACGUAUUAAUUGUGAAGGUCAUUCCAUGCAAAUGCAGUGACCAAGACAGAGCGAGCGCGAAAACGAGAGAACGGCACGGCAACUAAACGGGAAAGAGAGGGAGAGAAAGAGAGAGAGAGCGAAGAACAAUACAACUAACUACAGAAUUGAUAGGCUGCCAAGUUUCUAACAACUUCAACUAACCCAUCGCAUCCGUCAUGGCGCUAAAUAUGAAGGCUCUGCUGGCCAUGAUCCUGGUCUUCGUGGGCUGCUGCAGCAACGUCGUCUUCCUGGAGCUGAUCAUCAAAAUCGAUCCGGGAGCUGGCAACCUGAUCACAUUCUCGCAGUUCGUCUUCAUCGCGCUCGAGGGUCUGAUCUUCACCUCGAAGUUCUUCACGGUCAAACCAAAAAUCGCCUUCAAGGAUUACGUAAUGCUCGUGGUGCUCUUCUUCGGGGCGAACGUGUGCAACAACUAUGCGUUCAACUUCAAUAUACCGAUGCCGCUGCACAUGAUCUUCCGCAGCGGGUCGCUGAUGGCCAACAUGAUCAUGGGCAUCAUAUUGCUGAAGAAGCGCUACAACCUGAGGCAGUACAGCUCCGUGGCGAUGAUCACGGUGGGCAUUAUUCUGUGCACGCUUGUGUCGAGCGGCGAUGUCAAGGACAACACGCAUCCCACUCUGAAGGUGGACACCUCCUUCUCGGACUUCUUCUGGUGGAGCGUGGGCAUUGCUCUGCUGACGAUCGCCCUGCUGGUGACGGCCUACAUGGGCAUCUACCAGGAGGUGAUCUACAAGCGCUACGGCAAGCAUCCCAACGAGGCGCUCUUCUACACACACAUGCUGCCCCUGCCCGGGUUCCUCAUCAUGGCCAGCAACAUCGCCCAGCACUGGAGCAUCGCCGUUAGCUCCGAGGCGGUGGCUGUCGCCCUGCCCGUGCCCGGAGUGAGCUGGACGCUCAGCUUUCCGCUGAUGCUCUUCUACCUGCUGUGCAACGUGGUCACCCAGUACAUCUGCAUCAGCUCCGUCUACGUGCUGACCACGGAGUGCGCCUCCCUCACAGUCACGCUCGUGGUGACGCUGCGCAAGUUCGUCUCGCUCCUCUUCUCCAUCAUCUACUUCCGCAAUCCGUUCACCCUCUCCCACUGGCUUGGCACCAUACUCGUCUUUUUUGGCACCGUGCUCUUCGCCAAUGUGAUCAACCAGCUGAAGGAUGCGUACCAGGCGCGCCAGGCCAAGCAGGCCAAGCUGAAGACGGGCUAAUCCAGACACGCCCCCCUCUAGCAUAGCGCCCACCCCUUCAAUUAGAGGCCAUUCGUGCAUGCCAUUGAUAUUGCUGUCCCGCUCGCAUUUGUGUGUUGGCCGCGCUCUUCUUUGAUAUUUGUAUAUUAGUUUCAGUUCCCUCGCUUCCGAGUCUAUUGUACAUAUAUGUUAUAUGUUGUAUAUAGAUAGUUAGUUAAGCCGAUACCGACUAUUCGACACCCUGUAAGCCAAGUCCCCGUCACUCGUGCCCCGCACCACCGUACCCCAUAUACCCCCGUGCUCAUGUGACCUACAUGUCCCGCUCUAUGUAGAAAUUCUGUUUUUUACUCAAAAUUAUAAAGGUAAUUUUAGCAAAAUUUUUUAAUAAUAAAUAAAAAAACAAAAAUCUACCCAA